AUGGCUACCAGUGGACGUUCACCGGACUCUCCGCGACUAAUACUGGACAUUAGUGGUAACGGUAGCAAGAUGGCAACCAGCCCACCACAGCCUAGCUAUGGACCGAAGGGCCCAACGCAUCGAUCCCCUCCGAAGAAGCUGGUCAAGGUGGAGCUGUUCGAUAGCAACCAAAACCAUCAGCAUCAUCCAAGCUACGAGCUGCUGCAGCACGUACCACGAACCAUUCCUGAUCUCUAUCCGAUCCAGCAACAGCAGCAGCAGCAGCAUCAACACUCGCUACACCAUCCCGAUGUGCAGGACCUGCAGGACGAUCCGCAUCAUCAACAGCAGCAGCAACAGUUACAUCAGAAUCCUGACUUUGGUGUGCUGAUGCAGCAUUCGUCGUCGUCGUCGUCGUCGUCUCGCAUCGUUGCAUCCAGUGAUGCGUCACUAGAGUCUCCGAACUCCGGCAUCUAUCUGUACCAGGGAGUGCCGGUGUUGGGAUCGGCCGAGCACCCGGAUCAGCACCAUCCACCGCUCGUCAGCUCGUACGUUUGCGAUGAACCGAUCAUCAGCUUGAAGCAGAAACGAAACCGUAUCGUGGAUGCCGAUUAUGAUUACGAGUUCGAUCAGGCUUCACUAAGCCCACCGGAUUGCUAUCAACCGGAGAAGCGCCCCCGGUACAACAGUGGCGAUGGUUAUCCACCAACCGCACCACCACCACCACCACCACCACCAGCACCUUCAUCCGGGACCGGUUACGUUUGGUGCUCGCCAGCGAAUGGUGCCCCGGAGUACCACGGUGGACAGUACGGAACACAGGUUAUGGCGUCCGGUGAUCUACACGAUGAUGAUGCUUCCUCGAAUGGUUCCCGUGAGCGUGAGAAGCAGCAGCGUCGUUGCAGCCGGACCGGAACGCACGCACAGUACGGUUCUUCCGGUCCGGAGCCUGGAUCGUACGAUACCGGAUCGUACUACACUACAUUACAACACAUCGGAGUGGCCACUCAACCGGGAGCCCCCACUGCGUCCACCCACGACGGUGGUCCAUCGUCCUCGACGGGUAGUCCCCUGCUGGAUGGGGCCGACUCCGAGAGUUGCUCCCUUUCCGUGACGUCCGCCGGUUCACCGAUCAAGCUGGAUGAUUCCGGGUCCGGCCACUCGGUGCCACCACCGUCCGCGACGUCGCAACAAUCGGAAGGGGCUGGCCGUACGAAAGGGAAGCGUGGACCACGGGCACCGCGCGUCCGGAAGCGUGUGGCCCGCGAAUGCGUCAGCUACGACGAGGUGCAGAGUCAGCGCGUGAUGGCGAACGUGCGGGAGCGGCAACGGACGCAAAGUCUGAACGAGGCGUUCGCGGCGCUGCGCAAAAUCAUUCCGACCCUGCCGAGCGACAAGCUGAGCAAGAUCCAGACACUCCGGUUGGCAUCGAGAUACAUCGAUUUCCUGUACCGGGUGCUGUCGAACAACGAGCUACCGGCGAUGCUGGACGAGCACAAGAACAUGGCGACGGUCGGUGGGGCACUCCAGUUCUCUGGCAGCGGUAUCCUGGCGCACGAGAAGCUCAGCUACCUGUUCAGCGUGUGGCGCAUGGAGGGCGACUGGAGUAACGGCUCAUCCGGUUCUUCGCCGGUGUGCGGCGGUUCCGGCGAACCGACCGACGGUGGCGGGAAGGACUGACUAGACGGCCGAUUCCGGUUUCGAUGAGGAUCCUGCGGAAACCGGAAUCAGAGUUGCCCAUGUGAGUGUAUGUGGGAGAGUGUGUAUGUGAAUGUGUGUGUGUGUGUGCGUCGAAGGCGAAGCGUCAAACGCGUCCGCGUACAGUCUAGCUGUGGUGUGCCUGUCUGCCAUCAACCU